GCCUGCUGAAAAUGACUGAAUAUAAACUUGUGGUAGUUGGAGCUGGUGGCGUAGGCAAGAGUGCCUUGACGAUACAGCUUAUUCAGAAUCACUUUGUGGAUGAAUAUGAUCCUACAAUAGAGGAUUCCUACAGGAAACAAGUAGUAAUUGAUGGAGAAACCUGUCUCUUGGAUAUUCUCGACACAGCAGGUCAAGAGGAGUACAGUGCAAUGAGGGACCAGUACAUGAGGACUGGGGAGGGCUUUCUUUGUGUAUUUGCCAUAAAUAAUACUAAAUCAUUUGAAGAUAUUCACCAUUAUAGAGAACAGAUUAAAAGAGUUAAAGACUCUGAAGAUGUACCCAUGGUCCUCGUAGGAAAUAAAUGUGAUUUGCCUUCUAGAACAGUAGAUACAAAACAGGCUCAGGACUUAGCAAGAAGUUAUGGAAUUCCUUUCAUUGAAACAUCAGCAAAGACAAGACAGGGUGUUGAUGAUGCCUUCUAUACAUUAGUUCGAGAAAUUCGAAAACAUAAAGAAAAGAUGAGCAAAGAUGGUAAAAAGAAGAAAAAGAAGUCAAAGACAAAGUGUAUAAUUAUGUAAAUACAAUUUGUACUUUUUUCUUAAGGCAUACUUAAGUAAAAGUGGUAAUUUUUGUACAUUACACUAAAUUAUUAGCAUUUGUUUUAGCAUUACUUAAUUUUUUUUUUGCUCCAUGCAAACUGUUAGCUUUUAUCUUAAAUGCUUAUUUUAAAAUGACAGUGGAAACGUUUUUUCCUCUAAGUGCCAGUAUUCCCUGAGUUUUGGUUUUUGAACUAGCAAUGCCUGUGAAAAAGAAACUGAAUACCUGAGAUUUCUGUCUUGGGGUUUUUGGUGCAUGCAGUUGAUUACUUCCUAUUUUUCUUACCUAAAUUGUGAACUUGUUGUGAAACAAAUUAAUGACUAUUUCAAAUCAUCCCUAUUCUGUGUUUCAUCUAGUUCACAUACAUACAUUUAUUUCAAUUAUGACUUUAGUCAAGAAUUUAUGAUUAGUUUUACUGAAACAUUGAGGGAACAGAUUUAUGGGCUUCCUGUCAAUUCAUCUUCUAGGCAUCAUGUCCUAUAGUUUGUCAUCCUUAAUGAAUGUAAAGUUACACUAUUCACAGCAGGUUUUUCCCCCUUUCUACUGCUAUUAGUCAUGGUCAUUCUCCCAGAAAUACUAUAUUUUUUCUAUAAAAAAGGAAAAAAAAUUGAAAAAAAAAAUUACAAGGCAAUGGAAAAUAAUAAAAGGCCAUUUCCUUUCCAAUUAGAUAAAUAAGAUUCCUUAUAGCUUUUCCUGUUAAGGCAGACCUAGUAUGAAGUAGGGAUUGUAGCAGCCAUUUGGGGGCUAUAUUUAUGUGCUAUUAAAUUUUUAUAAUUGAAAAAUUUUAACAUGUAUAAAACUUUCUCAUAGGAAUUCAAUAUAGUCUCCAUGUCAUAUUGCUCUUUCUUAGCAUAACUUUAAAUCUUUUCUUAAGCUUCAGUCUUUGAAAAUAGUUUUAAUUCUGGUAGUGAUGAAAAAGAUCUGGGCCAGUUAUAGCUUAGUAGGUAUUAGAAAGACCAAGGUUGUUGCAAGGCCAGACCUUGUGUGAACCUCUGAGCUUCAAUGAGUGUUUACCAGUGUGGACUGUAUCCCUGUGGUCAUCUGGUAUUGUCAUGCGUUGGUGGUCAUAGUGGGUCUAAGAGAGAGUUUGGAUCACUUAACAAGAUGUAUUCUCACUUUAUGGUGUCCUGCUGAUAAAUCAAGAGCAUUAUUAUUUUUUCAAUAAAAAUCUUUUAAAAAAUUACUUUUGAAUAUGAAAUUGAAAGUUGAGAUUUUGGCGUUGGGAAGUUGCUGAGACAUUAAUUUCUUAAACAAUGAAGUGGAAAUGUUUCAGAUCUUUAGGUUUGGCUAGUUCUCUUAACACUGGCUAAAAGUGACAUUUCACAAACACUUUUUAAGUGAAAUCCAAAUUUAAGAUUAUCUAACGCUUAAAAAUAGAUAAAAAUUCUUCCAAUGCAUUUAAAAUAUUUUAAGUGAGAUGGUGUGGUGAGGUAAAAAUAUCACCGGACUAGGAGGAAGGUGACUUAGAGUCUAGUUAUGUCUUUUAGAACUCGCAUUUUGUGCAGAUCACUAUCCAUUCCUUUGUUUUAAAAGAAGUCAUCUCAAAGGCUCUAACUUUACAACUAUGUGAUUUAUAUUCAGUUUACAUAAUGAUACACCUAUAUGUGAAGCUCAGCACAGUCUGUAACUUUUUAACUGUGUUAACCACCUUCAGUGCCAGUCUUGGUCAAAUUGUGCAAGAGGUGAAGUUUAUAUUUGAAUGUCCACUCUCUAGUUUCAAGACUCUCCUCUCAUGUUAAUAUCACCUUCCUGCCUACCCUUCCUGUUGUUCCCUGAUUUGAUGCGGUUUUCUUUUAAUACUUCUGAUUCUUCUAACCUCAAGAUGUAUUGCUGCUAUGGAUAUCUCCGUGAAGUUUUCCCAUUACAUCAUGUCAGAAUGCCCUGUAUCUUCUUCUCAGAGCUCAAAACAAUGAUAGAUACCAUAAUGGGAUUUGACCAAAUAGCUAAUUUUAGGUGGUGGUUGUAGCAAUUUAAUCUUGAUCCUUUGAACAUCAUGUCUUUCUGCCCAGUCCAUUACUGAGUAACUAGGAAUUUUCAAAUCUGGCUUGAAUAGAUGGAACUAUCAAGUGGAAGGAGAAUUUAAUAAAGUAGUGCUGAAAGAAUUCCUUAGGUAAUCUAUAACUAGAACUAGCACUGGUAACAGUGACACAUUCUUGUUUUAAUAACUAAACUCUUAACAAAGAAAAAUAAUUUAAAAUUUAAUUCAUAAAGCUUCUUAGCAGAAUUGUGUAUUCAACAAAUAUUUGAGUGCCUACCAGCUGCCAGCCAACCACAAGGAACUGGGGAUAUGGUGUUCCCAAACAAGAUACAUAAUUCUUUCCUUAAGCAGUGCUGGAGUGGUCUGUAAUAUCUCAGUAAAUAAGGCAUCUGGCACAUGACCCAGAGAUAAUGUAGUGCGUUUUUUCUAAGGUUUCUUUCAGUUCUAAAACAAUCAUUUGCCAUGAUUCCAAUAUAACUGUUUAAUCAAGCUAGUUUAUAUAAAUUACUUUAUUUAAUUGUUUUAAAAGAGUAAACUUGAUUAUGUUGUUUUUUGAUUUGAUAUAAUUCUGUUGGGACAAUUAUUAUACACAUUAAGUUGUAUGUCAGAUACUAAUCUUAAAAUUCCCAGCGUGUAUUACUCUUUGUGUAAUACACAGAGUGUAUUUCUCUUUGUGUAAUUAAAAUAGUUUUAAAAUGAAAUAUUGACUUCUUACGUAAUUUUAUCUGGGUGCAAGUAAACAGGUGCCUGAACUAAUUCACAGAAAAGGAAACUUCUGUGUAAAAAUCAGUAUGAGUUCUGAAAUGUUAAUGUUAAACUUCACAUUUAUGGAACAUUGUCUAAGUAAGGUGUUAGGACUUCCACAGUACCUCCUAUUUUCUGUAGAGAAACAGCCAUACUUCAGAAACUGCAAAGUAUAACUGGGGAUAUUUAGGACUUUCAUAUUUUGAUGUAGCUGGGCAAUUUUUUUUAAGUAGUGGCAAUUAUCCUUUAGUAUGUGAAUAUUGAAUGGUUUAACAAAAGGUUUGUAGAGAUUUUAAAAGGAGAGAGAAUCCUAGAAAUAACAUUAAUGUUAUCCAAUAAUUACAGCCUUAAAGAUAAAAAUCCUUCUUGAAGUUUAAAAGAAAAGUGCUAAAUUACAUAGUUUUAGGCAUUAACUGUUGUGGAAGAAUAUAGCAGACAUCUAUAGUACAAUUUGAGUGAAUAUUCCCAAUUAGGAAUUCUAGGCUCUAUUUUGACUGAGUCACACUGCAUAGGAAUUUAGAACCUAACUUUAAGGUUAUCAAAACCUUUGCCACCAUUGCAGUUUUGUCCUAAUACAUAUAGAAACUUUGUGAGGCAUGUUAAGUUACAGUUUGCACAGUUCAUCUCAUUUUUAUUCCAGUGGUUAUUUUUCUUCUAGCCAUUUUCCCCCAAACUAUUAUACACAGUUAGGGGUGUUUGGUUUUUGUUUUUGAUUUUUUCUUUGUAGGCAAUACAAACUAUUUGAAGUCAUUUCUAUUUGUCAAAAAGUAGUAACUUCUUGGUAAUUAUGUAGGAAUGUUUUUUAAAACCCAGCAGUUUAAAGCUGAAUUUAUAUUGACUAACUUCUGUUAAUGUUGGGUAGCAUGAAUUCUGCAUUGAGAAAUUGAAUAGCAUAUGACUGGUAGCUGUAAAUUCUAUCAGAAAAUGAAAACUAUUUCUUUCUAAAUAUUUAUUCACAUUAGUUCUUGAAAAAUAGUCACAACUAGAUUAAUAUUUGUGUUUUGCUUUAAUAGUUUGAAGUGCCUAUUUGGGAUGAUGAUAGGCAGUUUAGAUGAAUUUAGGAAAAACAAAGUUACUACCUGCAGAAAUGUCAAUUACAGACGGUCAACCCCUUCCUCUCCCCCCUC